AUGAUUUCAAAAAAGCUUCGUUCAUAUGAAAUUUGUCAAGAAUCUCGUUGUAUUGAUGAUCCCUGUUCAAUUUGUCUUCACUGUAAUCUUAAAUUAUGUUUAAAACAUCUCAAUGAACAUCAUGACAUUGAAUACAAACGUUUGAUUAAUGAUAUCGACGAAAAAAAGAUACUUUUAGAAACAAAUCAACUUCAGUUUGAAGAUAAUCGUCCUCUAUUGUAUGAAAAAUUGUCUCGAUGGCAUGAAGAACAACUAGAGAAAUUGAAACAAGUUUAUGAUGAUAAAUUGAUUGAAAUUAAUUUAAAAUAUGCUGAAGCUCAACAAGAACAUGAAGAAUUAAAAUCUCAGUGUUUAAAUAAAUUAAACGAUCUUCAUUCUCAAGAGAAUUCAAAAGUAUUCACAUCGAAAUUAAAUCGUUCAAUUAAUAUGUUACAAACAUUGGCAGUUGAUAUUGAUUUCAAAAAUAUUAAUUAUUCUUCGUUUAUUCAUGUACGAAAACCCUGUUGUAUUAUUGAUGAACAAGAAGAAAAACCUGAUUUGGAAUGUGCAUUAAAUCAAAUAUCAAAUAGAACAAAAGAAUAUUCAUUUGAUAUUAAUCCAUUAUGUUUUGAUUCAUCAUCAGACUUGUUAUUAAUUCAAAAAUCGAGUGAUCAAUUUGCAAUGUAUAUUGAACAUGGUGAAAAAUAUUUAAAUAUUAAAUAUGAUAAAAAGCAACAUGGUGAUAUAAAUGAUUUGACAUGGUGUUCACAUUUAAAUGGAUUUAUCAUAGCUACUCAAACAAAAUUAUUAAAAUUUAAUUGUUUAACAACAAAAAUAUCUCCCAUUCAUGAGGUUGAUAGUGGAAUUUUUAAAGGUGUAACAACAUAUAACGAACAUUUAUGUCUUAUACAUUCUUUAGGUUCAUUAGGUGAUGUAUUAGAACAUUGGGAAAUGAGUGAUGGUAGAAAACUAACAUUGAUAAAACGAUAUUGGAAAGAAGAUUUAAUGUCUGAUCAAAUUGAUAGACAAAUGCGUCUGUUUCGAAUUAAAAUGAGUGGAUACUUAAUGGCUAUUGAUGUUUUAUUUACGUCUGUUAUUUUGAUAUGUGAUGUUAGAAAUAAUAUGACAUGUUUAAAUCGAAUUAAUACAGGAUCAUUAAAUAUAACGUCAAUAUCGUCUGUAUUUGAUACAAAUCAAUGGUUAUGUUGUACAUAUAAUGAAGAGAAUGAAGAAAGAAAAUUGUGUUUAAUCGAUGGUAAUGAUACUAGUAGAAACGAAAUGAUCCAACUUAAAACUCCAGUUGAUAUUCAGCCAAUAAGUCUACUAUUAUUCGGUCAUCACCAUAUUGUUUUAAAUCAAGUCAUAAAGAAUGAUGAAGAAGAUGUGAGAUUUGACUGUUAUAAAAUUAAACUGUAA